UGUUUGAUCACGCUAGGUCGCCUCAACUUUGGGCAUCAGUGUCCGCUUAGCGCUCGUCACAACCCGCUGUGCGACGUCUUGCGACGCGAAGACAUCAGCCAUCAAUCAUAGACGAAGUGCUGCGAGCUUCGCACAAUUCUGUGCGUCACAAAGGCACGUUCAAUUACACCACCUCUCACAGCAGUGCCUCACCAUCGCCAUGCGUGCGACCCUGCUCUUCGCGCUCUUAGCUUGCACCCGCGCCUACCAGCUGCCGCGGUCGCGCCGGUCCCUCGUCGUGCCGCCGCGCCGCUACGACCUGCAGCCGCGGUCGGCGCCCGACGAAGCAACAGACGACGCUGUCGAAGCGCCCGAGGAGGCGCCCGCCGCGCCGGCCCCGGCCCGCCCGGCGCGCUACGACGUCACGAAGCUUGUGGACUCCUCGGAGGGCCCCGGCUUUAACCAAUUUGAUCCGGUGCUCACGGCGACGCGCGGUCUUAGUAGGAGGUUCGGCCUGGCCGGCGGACUGGCCAUCUUCGGCAUCUUGCUCGUCGUGGAGGGCGACGAGAUCAUCAAGGCUCUUGGCACUCAAGAACCCGUCGCCGGCGCCAAUGAAAUUGUGACGCUGCCUUCUGGUUUGAAAUACACCGAGAGUCUCGUGGGCCGCGCGGGCGACGCCGUGAGCCUGCCCGGCUCGGUGAUAGGCCUCGCGAUCCGCGUGUCCAUCGGCGACAAGGUGAUUUUUGACUCGACUGCUGAUGCCAAGCCGGUCGCCUUUAAAUUAGGUCAGCGGCCCUUCCAGAACGUGCUCUGCGAAGGGGUAGAGCAGGGCAUCAAGGGCAUGAAGACGGGAGGCAAACGACGGCUCCUCGUGCCCAAGAAUCUGGCGCCGCCCGGAGUCGACGUGCCCGACGGCGUUUCACUCGUGUACGACGUCGAGGUGAAGGAGGUCCUGCCGGGCUACUUCUGA